AUGCCAGGACUCAUUGCAGACAAUGUCAAGCACCAUCACUCCUUCGCUUGCCUCCAAGCCUUUUUCCAUGGGGAGAAAACGCCCGUGAAUGCAUUAGACGCCUUCUGCGAGCCGAUAGAGAACAAGUGGAUGACGACGCAGGACAGCGGAGAGGUCGAAGAGGAGCUGAACAUGUCAUGGAGGGGCCUCUUGAGCCAGGCAAUGAACACCUCGUUCAAAGAUCCAGCGCGGCAAAAGCUUGUAGACUUCGUGCAUAGUCUGCGAAAGAGACCGAAUCUGGCGAAGGAUGGACAAGUAUGUGAGGUGCAGGGGAUGACUGUAUGGCGAGAUCUUCCAACCUUUGGCUAUAAAGUGCGAGAUGCCUGGAAUACGCGUGAGUACUGGGAGUGAGUUUUGGGGUCCUGUUCUAUCAAGCUGAUAUGGUCGAUGGCAGCUGCCGGGCAGAACAGCGAUCAGCACAGCAAAGACCACUGGAUCAACUUGAACGCCUUCACGGCCGCGCUUCUCGCAUCGGAUCCGAAUGACAGCUUGGAUCUCUCCUUGUUUGGCCUAUGGUCUACCCGCAUGGCUCUCGAGGAAUCACACAAGGCUCCGGAUGCAGUCGUUGCUGCGGCAGCUGCAUGGUUUGCCUUUGCUGGCCCUUCGAUAUGGAAGUUCUCCCAGCAAGGGAAGAGCUUCGACGGCAAAGUAGCGAAGCCGGGUUCUGCGUUUAGCGAGCGCGAGUGGAGAGGGUUCAGUCAGGAGCGCUGGAUAGCAUGGCAGGACAAGUUUGGCGCGGUGGAAGGACAACUGUCGGAGGCGAGCGCCAAAGAACUCGUGGCAGAAGCAAGGAAGGCGAUGGCUGAGGCGAAGUAG